ACCGACUGGUGAUUCCUUUAUUCGCGUUCGAAGCGUACACUCGUAUAAUCGUGUCUUUCAGUAGUUAGAUGUUGCAGUGAAAUAUGCGACAAGUUUUCGAUAUUUAGAUCGGCAUUAACCUUGAGAGAUAUUUUUUCGUUCAAGAUAAACAGUAGUUGCACUUCAAACAAACAAAAAAAAAACUUUUCUUCUUCAUAAAUAAAAAUGAGUUCGUCACACAUGAUAGGGGCAAAUAAACGGAACAUGUUGGUGUUUUUCACAAUUUGUGGACUCUUUUCCACGGUACAUACAGUCGAAUUAAGUUCUAGCUCUAAUAAAACUGUUAAUGGAAGUGAUAGUGUAAGUAAAUUAAGUGAAAUUGUAAUGAAUAAUUUUGUUGCGACGACGCCCAAAAUUGAUGUAUCACAAACGAAGGCGCCCAGUCGGUACGAACAAGGCCUAGAAGACUAUGAAGAAGCUGUGGCACGCGUUGAACACACAAAGGAAGAACAACGCAGUUCGAAUAACUUUGAACAAAUUGCGUCCCUCUUUAGUGUCUUAAACGCGGCAUGGAGGAAAACUUCUCAAAGCUCUAAAGAGGCAAGAAAAAUUGACACGGACAAAAUAAGUCUAUCGAAUGAUACGUCUCUGUCUACGGAAGUUAAUGACCAAUCAGAGGGACGAUACAUUAAAGGGGAUCCCUUAAAAGGAUACUACGAUUUCAUUAUAACUGAAGGUUCAUAUAAGUUCUGGGCAGCGUUUCAGUUAUUCACAGCCGGACUGAUGAUCUACUCAACAUUUGCAGCCAUCUACUAUUCAAAGGUCAAUCCAAUUGUGUCCGAUUACGAUUACAUAAAUUAUUUGGGUGGAGGCAGAUCGAUGGCAGACGAUCCCGAACCAUCGGAGAAUGGUUACCAUUUGUCGUCACUUUUAAAUUCUCAUUGGCUGCAAACGGCCGCUCAUGGAUUCGAAUUUGUGCUUGAUGCCGUCGAUCGAUUACCACAAUGAUAAAACGAAAACGUUGCACGAGAUUCAAUUGGGUACAAAAGUGUGUGGCAGAGAUUUCUGUGUUCUUUUAUUUGGUUUUUACGAUUGUUAAUGAUUGACUGGUGUAGAGAUGCUACCUCAUGGGUAACAGCCAACUAUCGCUCUUUAUAUUUACUUCUUCUAAAUGUGUGAGGGUAAUAUUGUAUAACUGAAGUAAUAGAAAGUAAGCUGCUGAUCAAAUUUUUGAAUUAAAGAAUCCAUCAAACAACCAAC